AUGGCUAUCCGUUUGCCCCGUAUUAUUCAAGCUAAGCAAAUUCUUAAGCGCUCUCUGUUGACAUCUAAUGCUGCCAUUUCAGCUUCUGUAGAUGUUCCAAGAGGCUAUUUAGCGGUUUACGUUGGAGAAAGCAAAAAGAAGCGAUUUGUGAUUCCCGUUGCUUACUUGAAUGAGCCUGAAUUCCAAGAAUUACUAACCCAAGCUGAGGAAGAAUUUGGUUUUGAUCAUCCGAUGGGGGGAUUGACAAUCCCCUGCCGAGAAGACAUUUUCAUUGAUCUCACUUCUCGCCUGGAGCAAGCAGAUUGUUUUGUACAGUUGCUUUUGAAUCAGAGUUGUGAAACUCUUUCACUCAAAAGUGUGGAGGGAAAGGACAGUGGGGUCCAAGUUCCCAUAAAUUCAAUUGAGACAGCAUAUCAAUCUGACUGGACAACUCUGGGCAGUGGACAGAGUGUGACAGAGGUCCUGUUCACUCUGCAGGUGUCAGGACACUGGACAGGACCUAAGUUGUCAUGUCAAACAUAG